AGUGAUGUACAGUUUGUAUCUUGCUCAUCGGGUGCUGAUUCUCCUAAAGUCGUUCCAUAUAAUCUCACAUCAUUUGACUGGUGGUACUUUGAUGCUGUAUCUGAGGAUGGCACUGAGGAGGUGGUAGUAGUGUUUUAUUCUGCUUCUGAGGCUAGCUUCCCUUUUGACCUCGAUAUAAAAUCUGACCUCAGUGUCAUGGUUCAAGGCACAUGGGAAGGAGGGACUUCAUCUCUUCUUUACAGCUCAUUCGCUGAUGAGGCUACGGUCACCACGGUCGGAGAUGGUAGCAAUGGGAAUUGGACAAAUGCUGGUGGCUAUUGGACAAGUACAUCGGAUUUGUCACAGUAUUCUAUCUCUAUUGAAACUGAUAAUGUGUUUGGAACAUUCGUUUUGGAAUCGGUUGCUCCCGGUCAUUAUCCUUGUGGACCUCUUGAGGUAGGACAGAAUGAAGAAAUUUUGCCAGGUAUUGGCUGGGUAAACGUGGUCCCUGAUGCACAAGGCACGGUCAAUAUGACCAUUGAUGGGAAAUUACUUAGCUUUACAGGAUACGGUUAUCAUGAUAAGAACUGGAGUAAUCAGCCGUUUGCCGAUGCAGUGAAAAGUUGGUAUUGGGGUCAUGGAAGGUUAGGUCCAUAUUCUGUGGUCUGGUAUGAUGCUAUCGCAGCCGAUGGAACCGAAUAUGUCAGUGGAUAUGCUGUCCAGAAUGGCCAGGUUGUGUCUUCUACAUGUUCAGGAGUCAAGGUCCGUCCGAUCGGAGUUAAUUCUGAAUAUCCUCCACAGCCCAGCAUAGGAUCGCCUGGUGGAUUCAAUAUUGAGCUA